GCAUGUUCCCCUGUCCUUGGUUUCUUCGCCCUUUGUUCGCCUUUGAGGACGAGAGGCAUUGGCAUGAAACACUGUUCUCCCCAUUCCCCUGAGAGUAAAUGCCAUCAGAGCUCCUUACAGCAAAAAGAAGGAGGAGGAGGAGGAGGAGGAGGAGGAGGAAAAAUACAUCCUCAGCUCUUUCGGAACCGUCUCUGGUGUCCUGAGAACUGACAGCUUAAAUAAAAAAAGAAGAAGCAGCAGCAAAAGGAUAAUAUGCUGUUUCCAUCUGGACCCUAGAGUCCAAAGAAAAAAUUCAAAGUCCGCCCAAGAGGCCCCUGAAAUCAUCCUGUACGCAAAUAUUUCUAUAUAUAUCUAUAUCUCCGCCUGUGUCCUCAUUGGCAAUAUCACAUGGUCCUGGAAGCGAUCACAGAUACAAGCAGUGGAACAUUAACUGUGGAGCCUCAAGAAGAUUCCACAUUGACUACGCUUCCCUUACCUCCUGGCUGAACUUCUUGCUUUGCCUUUGAUGGCAUCCAUAACCCAGGAACAGAUCCAUAAGUUCCACCAAGACGGCUUCCUUGUUCUUGACCAGUUUUUCAGCUCUGAAGUGUGUGAGGCCAUGAGGGCCCAGAUCCAAAAGAUCAUUGCUGACAUGGACGUGCCUCCUCACUGCCGUACAGAGUUUUCAACCCGGGAAGAUGAACAGCUCCAGGCACAGGGCAGCGCGGAAUAUUUCCUAACCAGCGGAGACAAAAUCAGAUUCUUUUUCGAAAAAGGUGUUUUUGACGGAAAAGGAGAUUUUCUUGUUCCAAAGGAAAAAGCUGUUAAUAAAAUUGGCCAUGCGUUGCAUGCAUACGAUUCCACCUUCAAGCAGAUCACUCACUCCUCAGAUGUGCAGGUACUGGCAAGAAAACUGGGGUUUGAAAACCCAGUGGUGGUGCAAAGCAUGUACAUAUUCAAGCAACCUGGCAUCGGCGGUGAAGUGACACCACAUCAGGAUGCCACUUUUCUACAUACGGAACCUUUGGGGCGAGUGAUCGGCCUCUGGAUCGCCCUGGAAAAUGCCACCCUAGAGAAUGGCUGUUUGUGGUUCAUCCCUGGCUCUCACACAAGUGGGAUCACUCGGCGUAUGGUCCGUACUCCCCCAGGCACAAUCCCCUGCACAAAGUUUGUUGGUUCUGAGCAGACGUACGAUGACAGGCAGUUCAUCCCAGUGCCUGUUGAGAAAGGUGGCCUCGUUCUGAUCCAUGGUGAGGUUGUCCACAAAAGUGAGCCGAACCUCUCCGAAAAGUCCCGCAACGUCUACACUUUCCAUAUCAUGGAGGCCAAGGACACGGCUUGGAGCCCAGAGAACUGGCUUCAGCCAACCCCUGGGUUGCCUUUCCCCUCUUUGUACACACAAAACUAACAACUGGAGUGCAAAGUGGCGACUGACCAGCCCAUGCUUCGGAGUUCACUGCCAGCUACUUUUUCUUUUUUAAAAUCUAGCUUUGUGAUUUCUUUUUUCCAGUAUUGUCUCAUCUUUAAUGUGGAAGAUACCUCUUCUGGGCAGGAUGGGAGAAUCAGAGUCAGUGCGGUCCUUAGUGCUAGAUUGGGGAAGACCCAGGUUCUAAUCUCCACUUGGUAUUCUUGGGCCAAUCACAUACACUCUCAGCUUAGCCUACCUCACAGGGAUGUUGUGAAGAUAAAAGGAUGUGUAUGUGUGGCAGGGAGGAGAGAACCACAUACUGUGGAGUUGUAUCCAAUGGUAGUCCAGCUAGCCUAGAUCUACUGGGUUGUAUCCAAUGAAGUUCAACUCAGAGUAGGCCCAUGGAGCUAGUCAUCUUCAUUCAUUUAAAAGGCCAGGACCAUAGAAGGCAUUGAAAUGGAUGAAAGUGACAAACAGAAGCAUUCAUUUCAUUGGCUCUCCUCUGAGUAGAACUUUGUCAGAGACAACUCUCUGUCUCUUAUUCCUUGGAGGAAGCCUGGGAUACAAAUGUAAUAAGUAAAUAAGAUUCGUAUAAAUGAUGGAAUAUAAUUACACUAAAUAGACUGGCACCACCAAAUAAAUCUUAAAUGUUGGCCUCCUAGGAAUAUUCUGUUUCCCCUGUUUUACAGUGUUGCUUAUGAGCAAGGGGGAUUUCAGGAAAGCACCAGCUAUGUCCUGAAAAAAUAACCUAUGCAUAUCUACUGGGAAGAAACUCUCACUGAAUUGAGUGGGACAUACUCCCAGGUAAAACUGCAUGUGUAGAACUGCAGACUUAACAGCACACAAAAGAUGUUCAAGAUGUCCAUUAUGAAUGCCUCCUGACAGGGUUGCUUCUGGGCCGCACACUGACAGCCAUAGAAAAGACCUUUAAUCAGCAGGACUUUUAAGCCACGUAAAGAGUCCAAUAUGCUUAGACACAUUGCCUUUCCUUGAUUUAUCUUUACAACACUGCAAUACAACAGAACUAAAGUUGCUGGACUAAUUUUGAAAGCACAAUUAAAAAUGACAAGCUGACAAAGAUGCUUUUGCAUGUCCUUUUUUAAAUAUUCAUUUGAUCCAAGAGCAAUUAUCUGAAUACUGUUAUCCUUCUUUUUGAACUUCACAGCCUGAUACUGUGAGUUCACUACAGUGAUUCAAGCCAUUGCCCUACCGAUAGCCUCCAUCCCCACAUCGGUCAUGCCAAGAUUCCCAGCCAAGGUCCCCUAAGUCAUCAGUAGUAUUUGGAGGUAGAGAGGCAGAAGUAAAUUGUCCACUUGGGUAGUGUAGGCUUCCAAAAGGGAAACCAAACUAAUAGAUGCCAGAAUCCAGGAGUAGCUGGCAUUUAGAUCGACACCACUGUCAAAGAUCAGAAUGAUGGCAACAGCAAUGAUCUGGGCAAAUAUGCCCAUCAUGGUGCCUUCAAAGGUCUUCUUGGUCCCCGGCCAUUUGAUCUCCCCCACUGUGCUCCCGAAAAUAGAAGCUACUGAGUCCCCAAUGCCCACAGCAAGCACCCCAGAGUAAGGGGCCAGGGCCCCAGCCCCAGGCAAAGUAGCCUUUGAGGCACAAGGUCUGGGGAACAGCCAAACAGGGAGGGACAUCCCCAGCAGAAGAUAGAUGUGAGUCAAGAUCAAAGGCCCACUGUCCCGUUCAUCCAAAAAGAGAGAGAGCAAGUUCCUGAGGGUGUGCCCCAAGGGUUUGAUGGUGAAGUAUCUGAUGUACUCAAGAAGAAUGAAAACUGCCAAGCACACCACAGCAGCCACGUAGAGGAGCUGGCGGUCGUAGAUUAGUCCUGGGACAUACGUUGCUACCACAAUGAAAUGGAAGUAUUUCCUGGUUAUGGUUGAUGCUUGGUGUUUCUUAGAACCAGAUGACCUCUUGGCGUUUUGAUAGAGAACCACUGUGCAUGCCAAAGCAGCCAGGAGGAUCCAGUAGGAGAGGAGAUAAACUCUGGUCUGUGUUUGAGAGAGGAACUGGGAGAGCCAAAAGAGGGGGUUCUGCCGAAUCAGGCGGUAGAGCCACGGCAUGACAACCCCCAGACCCAGCACCGCUGUCAUCAUAUGGAAGAACAUGGAGGAGAUCCAGGUCCCAGAAUCCAUGAAGAAAAAGAGGGCAGUGAAGAAUAUCCCAAGGAGAACCACCCCGAUCACCACCACCAGGAGGAAGAAGUCAAUUGGGUCCCCUCUGCUUUCGGUUACGUUCAGAGAACGUUUGAUGAGCUGAUUGAGGACGAAGCUUAUUCCUGUCAGGACGAGCAGAGCCUCACCGGGAGUGAAGCAUCGAGGCAGCAAGUAAAGCAGUAUCAUACUGAGGUAGACAAAGAUAAGCAAGACCUCCAGGACCUCAAUCACUUCAGAGACCGUCAACGAGUGCUUCAUGGUGUAGAUGAUCAGGCUGCCAGCAAUGCCAGAGAUGAUGCAGGUAUUUGUUGGCACAGGUUUAGUUACACCGAGCGCUAUCACAGAGAGGAACAGGGCGAUGAUCAUGCCAGUGGAGGCUACAAUGAUGCCAAAACGCUCAAAGUACACGAUACCAGCCACUUGGCACCUCUCUUUCAUCACAAUGCCCAGCAAUGGGACAGCCAUGCAAGCUGGGAAGAGGCCACUGUUUGCUCCUGCCCGAAACUGGAAGACAGCGCUGCCCAGGCGGAGGAGGUUGUCCCAUUUAAACUGGAUAUAGAAAGCUUGGAUUGCAAGUGCAAUGGAGCACCAGGAAAAGCGAUCCCAGACUGUGCUGUGCACACAAAGCACGAUGGUGAACAUGAUGAGGGAUUCCACAAGGAUGGGUUGCUUGCUUAGCAUGGUGCCAGCCAGACUGUUGCACUCCCUGUGCUCAGAGAACCCUGGCAGCUGUUUGUUCUGGUCCAAUAUUUUCAAAUGCGGUCUCUCUCUGUGUGUGUCUGUCUGUCUGUUUCCCCCACUGUCAAAAGCUCUCUUGUAUCUUAGUGCCCUUCCUAGAAGUGAAAGCAAAAACCAUCCCAUUAAAAAAAGAGCGUGUUAUAUACACCACCUGCUUCUUCUCUUGUACUGAAGGAAAGCUUCUCUUGUUUAAUAAAAACAUUGCCAUGCUCUGGAACUCCAUGCAAAGGGAGGAUAAUUUCUGCCCCUCCUUGCUAGUUUUCCAUCACAGCUAAGACCUUCCUAUACAGGAAGGGCUUUUGUGGCUGGAGCUCAUUGCUUGCCUUGCUAGAAUUGGUAGGGAAUCAUUUUCCUUCUGAAAGCAUAAAUUCUAAAUUGUUUAUUGCUGUUAUUAUGGUAAUUUUACUGUUGGUUUCAU